AUGGUUUCUAUCCAACGUUCCAAGCCUAGCAUCGCUCUGUUUUUGCUGCUCGUUCUUGUCGCAGCUGCUUCUGUCUCUGCAGGGGAUGCCUCCUCUGGCGCAAGCAGCGCUCCCCAGCUGCUUGAGGCGCCUCCCAACACAGCAUCGCCUGCUGGUGAUUCAGCCGAUGAUGGAGGAUCCAUCUCGGCUCCCUCCAGCGGAAAUGAUGCGGAAGCCAUCCUCGCCAGCACUUCCAGCAUGAUGGGCACUUCCGACGACUCGACUGACGGCGACAAUGACGACAGCAAGGGCGCUUCCAGCAGUGGGAAGCAAGGUAAGAACGGUGGUGGCGGCGGCCAUCACGGUCAGUGCGUGGUCCAAUGCGCUACCAAGUCGACUGAUGGCGUCGGUUGCGGUAGUGAUCUUAGCAUGCCCGACUGCUUCUGCAAGAACCAAGACUUUAUCGGACAGACUUUUGCUUGCAUCAACGCUACCUGCCCUCAGCAGUUCCACGGUGCUGCUGGCGUGAUUACGAGCAUCUGCAGCGUGGCCGGAGCCCCUGGCCUCCAGAUCCCUGGCUACAACAACACGGGCAAUCUCGAAAACAUGCCGACGAUCAACGCGGACCCUAAGCAUAACGGUACAAACGGCACUGCUGCAACUGGUACCGCUGGUACCGCCGACCCCGGUUCUGCUGCUCCUCCUUCAGGCAGUGAGAUCGGCGGUGGUGUUACGUCGACCUUCAGUAUGCCGGUUGGUGUGCAGACUCCUUCGAGCGGUGCUGCUACUACCGGCAACAAUAAAGGUUCCACCGGCAGCACUGGAAGCACCUCGGGUGCAGUCAGGAUCAACGAGGAAGCGGUCGGUGCCAUGAUUGCUUUCAGCGUCGUCGUUGUCGCUGCUUCUGUCGGCGGUUGGACGCUGAUCUAG